UGACUUGACAGUGACAGACAUUUAAACUUUUGAAGAUUUUGUUUUCAGAUUUUAUUGGAGUUUAGUUUUAUUUUUAUCCCAAAAUUCUAGGUUAUUUAAACUGUUUUUACUUACACCGGUUAAAGCAUUUAACUUAUUUCAAAUAUCGUAUUAAUUAUAGUUAGUACCUGCUCGGAAUUCUGCAACUCAUAAAACUACAAUAAUAAUAGAAUGCGCUUAAUAAACACUCUAGCACUUUCAAUUCGUAGGUCGUUUAUACUUUGUAGCGUGCCUAAAAUUAUGGAUGUACGGUAUUCUAGCCAUAUGGCACAAUUCAAGGAGUCUUUGAAAUCUGCUAACAAUGUGGUUAUAAUUUCUGGCGACGAUAUAAGCUCGGAAUCUGGUCUCCCGGUGUAUGGGUCCAGUGGGCUUUGGAGGAAGUACCAAGCAUCGUCGCUGGCCACCUCAGGAGCCUUCCUAACAUUCCCUAGCAUAGUCUGGGAGUUCUAUCAUUAUAGGCGGGAAUUAGCCGCUAAGGCACAGCCUAAUGAUGCGCACAAAGCAAUAGCAAAGUUUGAGGAAAAGUAUGGAUCAGAUAAGUCUGUAACGGUGAUCACACAGAGUGUGGAUGGUCUACACGCUAAAGCUGGCACCAAAAACUUGAUAGAACUACACGGAAACCUGUUUAUGACUAGGUGCAUCAAAUGUCACCAUAUUGAGGCUAACACAAACAGUCCUAUAUGUGAGGCAUUAGCAAACAGAGGCUCACCAGAAGCUACAGAGGUUCUGUCUAAUAUUCCUGAAAGUGAUCUACCACAUUGUAAUGAAUCUGGUUGCUCUGGCCUUCUCAGGCCUAACAUAGCCUGGUUUGGGGAAAGCUUGGAGGCUGACGUAGUUAAUAAAGCAGAAGAAGCAAUGUCAAAAUGUGACAUCUGCAUGGUACUUGGAACUUAUCUGAUGUUCCCCGCAGCUAUGUAUGGCCACGAAGCCAUGAAUAGAGGUGCAAUUGUAGCAGAAUUCAAUUCAGACCCCAGCAGGAAGUGGAAUUUCCAUUACUUGUUCCAAGGCCCCUGUAGCCGGACAAUACCUGAGGCCCUGGACAUUUAAAACAGUUGAUGCAUUUGUAUUCUUAAGUUUUGUGAUAGUGAUAUUAAAUUAUUAGAUUUCUGUACAUACUA